CUGGUGCACAGAUAGAGAUGACUGUGUGCAGCAGAGGCAGAGAGAGACACACAGGAUGUGUCAGUUCGCAAUGACAACUUAGCAGAACUGACCAUUCACGCAGGCUUUUCCUCUGCAGGCGAGCUAUACAUCUGCCUGUGUAAAUAUUAUCAAGUGAUUCAUUCAUUGCUUGUUACAAAGAUGCCUCCCCUCGGGGUUCUGUCUGUCUGUCUGCUCUGCACAACAGCUCAGGGCAAGCACGCAAGCUCUUUGCAUGUUCAAAUGCUGGGUACCAGAUGCGUGGGGAGCUGUCCGCAGUGCUGAAGCCAAGGAGCUGCUCCACUCCACACUGCCAUUUAAAGUUUGUUAAAGGGGGAAAAAAGGGACCUGUGGAGAUCCAGAUUACACCAGUGGAGAUUUUGGGGUGUUUUUGUGGUCCUGCGGUCAACACAACAGAGGGGACGAGGGAUAGACUUAAAUCAUCCACAGGACACCGAACAUCUGUGCCAAGUGUGCAUCCCUGCAAGCCUUGGCAUCGCCAAAAUCUGGUGAACUGCACAGAGUUAGCCUGGAUACCCUCACGUUAAGAGUGCAACGUUGACAAGAGAAAUAUUAAAAGGGGAGAAAUAAAUCCAAGAAAAAGACGUUGCCGUGAGAUAGCUAUGCCAAGAUUCUUGCAAAGUCUUAGUAAGAUCUUGUAUACGACGGAGAUGCAGCUAGAAACCGUUUUCUGUUUUGGAUCACCCUUUCCUUGAUGUGUUAAAAGGGGCAUUCUGUUUAUUUUGUGUUCAGAGGACUCCCACGUCUUAGAGCUGCUAAUGGGGAUUAGUAAAUCAUGAAGAGGAAGAUUAGCCGCAAAGAAAAGGGUAGCACACAAAGAUUGGCAGUGCCAUGGUAAUCGGCAUCAGAAGGAAUUAUUCAUAGCUCACCUGCUCGAAACGCAGAAAGAGUUGGCAGGCAAGAAAAAGAGAUAUUUAUUUUGCAUAGCUGACUAAAACCACCUCCACUUUUUCUAUCUUUUUUUCCACUGUCAUGGCAAUCUAGCUUUCCGGAGAUUGGAUAUGUGUUCCUUCAUCUGAAGUGUGUGGGAGAUAGAUCGUUGUUUGUGUUUUAUCAUUAUGCAUGGAAUUAAAGGAUUAACAAAAAAUAUAUACUGAAUUGUAGCGGACGCAGGAACGUGAAAUUCGAGAAUCGAUUUUAAUAUCUUUAGAGAAAAAAAAGAGGGCAAUAUCUUUUGGGUUUUUGAGUAGCUGGCGUAAAAUGCCCCAAAAGGGCAAAGAAUUUACUGCACUGGUAGCAUUAUGGUUUUGAAAAAAGUCUUAAAAAGAUAAAAUGGAAAGAGUUUAUUGAUUUACUUGUGUCUAUUAAUAAUUAUUUUUGAUUCUGGUCUGUCUGGUAGCCUGGGUCUUGCCAGGCAAUUGCAUUUCAGCUUUCAUUGUGGACAUUGCACUGACUGAAUGAAUGAGGGGGUGGUGGUGCCCAGCUUUGCUGCCGAUGCCCAGAAAGAGAUGCCCCCCUGCUGGUGAGUCCCUGGGGGAGUGUCAUGACUCGAGAGGAGAGGAUCCGGGCUCCAGCUGGCAGCUGCCCCUCUGGAGUGAGAAGAAGAGAUGCCCAGGUGGUGCCCCCUCCGUGUUAUGCAAGGACACCGCGUCGCCAUGCCUUAUCUGUGCCCACCCUGGAGCAUGCCAAGCUGCACGGCCUAAAGUACAUAUGUUCAUCAAGAUUGGCAUUCCAGCGCCGCACGUUCUGGUUCCUUGCCUUUUUCACCUCAUUGGGCCUCUUUUUGUCCUGGUCAUCCAACAGGCUACUUUAUUGGCUCUCCUUUCCCUCACACACCCAAGUACAGUUGGAGUGGAGCAAGGAGCUGGCAUUCCCAGCUGUUACCCUGUGCAACAACAACCCAGUACGAUUUCACCGGCUGAGCAAGAGCGACCUCUACUUUGCAGGUUACUGGUUAGGGCUGUUGUACGCAAAUCGCACAGCUCGUCCAUUGUUGGCAGAGCUGCUGCCCGAGGACAAACACAAGUGGUUCCACAAACUGGCAGAUUUCCGGCUUUUCUUGCCUCCCCGGGACUUUGAUGGGAUCAGUGUUGGAUUCAUGGACAGGCUUGGACAUCAGCUGGAGGACAUGCUCCUUUCCUGCAGAUACAGAGGGGAGUCCUGUGGUCCACACAACUUCUCCACAGUGUUCACACGAUAUGGGAAAUGUUACAUGUUUAAUUCAGGACAGGAUGGUAGACCCCUGCUCACUACCAUGAAAGGAGGAACCGGCAAUGGGCUAGAGAUCAUGUUGGAUAUCCAGCAAGAUGAAUACCUCCCCAUCUGGGGGGAGACCGAGGAAACCACAUUUGAGGCAGGGGUAAAAGUUCAAAUACACAGUCAGUCUGAACCCCCAUUCAUCCAAGAGCUGGGGUUUGGCGUGGCCCCUGGGUUCCAAACCUUUGUAGCAACCCAAGAGCAAAGGCUCACGUACCUUCCAUCACCAUGGGGCGUAUGCAGAUUCUCUGAUAUGGGAUCUGAUUUUUUCCCAGUUUACAGUAUCUCGGCUUGUAGAAUUGAUUGUGAAACUAGAUACAUUGUGGAGAAUUGUAACUGCAAAAUGGUGCAUAUGCCAGGUGAUGCCCCAUUCUGUACUCCCGAGCAGUACAAGGAGUGUGCAGAGCCUGCACUCGGUCUGCUAGCGGAGAAAGACGGAGGAUUCUGUGUCUGUGCGAUUCCUUGCAAUUUGACCAGAUACAAUAAGGAAUUGUCCAUGGUGAAAAUUCCCAGCAAGACCUCAACCAAAUACCUGGAGAAGAAAUUCAACAAGUCUGAGAAAUACAUUAUGGAGAACAUACUUGUCUUGGACGUGUUCUUCGAGGCUCUAAAUUAUGAGACGAUUGAACAGAGGAAAGCAUAUGAGGUGGCUGGAUUGCUGGGAGAUAUCGGGGGUCAGAUGGGACUAUUUAUAGGGGCGAGUAUCUUGACAAUCCUGGAACUGUUUGACUAUAUUUAUGAGCUGAUCAAAGAAAAACUGUUGGAUCUCCUUGGAAGGGAGAAUGAGGAUGGAAGGCGAGCAGAGGAUAUGAGCACUUGUGACACCAUGCCAAACCAUUCAGAAACUAUUAGCCACACUGUGACUGUCCCACUGCAGGCCACCAUGGGGACACUGGAGGAAAUUGCCUGCUGAUGCCUUGAGAAAACUGCCGCUUUAUUUGUGCCAAAAUAGCAGCAGAUGCAGCACGGUGGACUACGUGGGAUGCUCCCCCCACUCCCCGUGGUCCCUGAGCAGGAAAGAGAAAGAAGGUUUGAUGGGACUGAGGAGGCGAGAGACCGGAUACUGCCAAACUGUACACAGCCCUGCAUGCACGCAGUGUUUAUGGUACUAAUCCUCCUGUGAUGUGUGAGGAGACCCCUUUCCCGGACAGACACACAUUGUGCACAUGCAUCACACUCUGCCCAGUUCUGUGUCUGAGGCUGAUUCAUAAAGGGUUUUCUUUUUUUUAUAAAAUAAACAAAAAUAAAAAUAAAAAUUCAGUCAUUAAUGAAAA